CUUUUAUAUCUUCUUUUUUUUUUUUUUUUCUUGUUUCUGCUUCUUUGUUACUGCGUUUGUUCGUUUGGCUGUGGCUAAGCUAGCAACAGCUAGCGCUCAGUUUCCAACUGCCGGGGAAACUUUUAAGGCUCCGCUGAAAAACGUCCCUGAGCACAGCCUGACCUCCUUUUUUCUCUCUCUCUCGGGCAUUUUUAGUUAAACUUUCAGCAGCAAAAGAGCAUGAAUCACUUUUAAAGCUUUUAUAGUUAGUAGAACCCGUCUGUUUUGCAUAUUCUAUGGAGAGCCACGGCAGUAGCAGCAGCAGGGACGGGGCUGAGCAAGAGUGCCCAAAUCCCUUCAUUCACGAACUGAAGCUCACGAAGGUGCAAUGGAUCAAGUGUAUUAUCCUGGGCUGCACCCUGCUCCCUUUACGUGUCAUCCUGGCUUCUGCCUUCAUGCUCAUCGCGUGGUUCGCUGCCUGGCUGCGAAUCGUUGGCCUGUCUGAGGAAGAACGCUCUAAACCCUUAAAAGGCUGGCGACUCUGGUUUUUCCACUCGAUCCUGUGGCUGCUGGGCCGCGCCGUGUUCUUCUGCGUGGGCUUCCACUGGGUUAAGGUGAAAGGUCGCAAGGCAGACGUGAAGGAGGCCCCGAUCAUGGUGGUGGCGCCCCACAGCAGCUACUUGGACAUGGUGAUUAUGUUUCCAGGCCAGGUGCCGUCAGUGGUGUCGCGGUCGGAGAACAAGAACCUGCCGGUCAUAGGAGCUCUACUGGAGUGCAGCCAGUCUAUAAUGGUGAGCAGGAAGGAUCCAAACUCGAGGAAAAGGGUCGUCUCUGAAGUGAGCCAGAGGGUGACUUCUAACGGAUACUGGCCUCAGAUGCUGAUGUUUCCUGAGGGAACCACAACUAACGGCCGCUGUUUGCUCAAAUUCAAGCACGGUGCUUUCGUUCCCGGCGUCCCCGUCCAACCCGUCGUGUUGCAUUACCCCAAUGAGCUGGAUACCGUUCGCUGGACGUACAAAGGAAGCAACUGGAUUCAGGUGCUGCUGUACACACUUUCACAGCUGUACACCAACAUCACUGUUGAGUUCCUGCCAGUUUACACCCCUUCUGAGGUGGAGAAGAAGGACCCCAACCUGUUUGCAAACAACGUUCAGAAACUCAUGGCCAGGGCCCUCGGAGUCCCCGCCUCAGACUAUGUGAUGGUGGGCCGGUGGCCUGUGCGUAAACUGGCCGAUCUCUAUGUGCCACUGGAGUCUCCUGCCAGAGAAACGGUGACGCUGCUGUACAAAAAAGGUUUGGGAGCAGAUGAGAUAGAAGCAGCGCUGGACCUGAUGAUUGAGAGGUGCCUCUCAGGAGCUAAGAACACAAAGGUCAGCGCAGAGGAGCUCGCCUCCAUCCUCGGGCUGACUGACAGAAACACAGCUGUCCACAUCUGUGGCCUCUACUCCAAGGAUAAAAUGGUGGACCUCAGAUGUAUCUACUUCAAUGUUGCAGCCCUUACUGGACAUGUUGACGUGAACUCUCUGCUUCACUUUGCUUUUAUUGUGUUUGACACAGAGAGCAAAGGCAGUCUGAGUAAAAAGGAGCUGACGGCGCUCAUGGGAGCGCUGCUGGGUGUUCCUCAGGACAGCACCGAGGAGCUCUACAGGACAGCCGCCGAUGAGGGCGAGCUCACCGAAGAGAAUCUGCUGCACGUGCUGACGACCAACACAACCUAUCAGAAAGUGACGAAGGAGUACCUGCAGCCUGAGCCCAUCAUUUCUGUGGCCAACGGGACGCCUGUGAACACCAGACACCUCCUCAACGGAUCCAUCGAGCGCAGCAAGUCCAAAUGAGGAUCUUUUCUCUGUAACCAGGUUUUCAAAGAGUUUUGCCUCCUCGAGUGCAUGAAGGUGGAGGAAGAUUGAAUCAGAAUAGAAUUAACGAAGGAUUGUGUUUUGAUCUUUUAAGUCUUUUUUUCUUUGCUGUUAUGUUUUGGAAAGUAUUACAUAUCUGUUUGCACCAACACUGAAAAGCCAAGAAAAACAAAAGCUCUAAGGUUGGUCUGAGUGAUGCUGCUGCGGCUCUCUGAGGUGUUUGUGUGAGGACGGCGCCUUCUGACUUUACCACUGUGCCAUUUUUUUUGUAUUUUUUUUUAAAUUACCAACUCACCCUUCUCUGUGCUGUUACUUUGUCGUUUAAGGGCAUAAAACAUCUUAUUUAUAACCUUUCCAUUCACACGUUUUAGGGACCUUUCUGUUGAUAAAGGGAUAAUCAUAAUGACACUUGCAAACAACCCUGGAAUACAG